GAUUACGUGUUACAACAGGACAGUUACCAUUAUACGAACUAUUUUGUUUUGUUCCAACCGACUUAGGUAUCGUGUUUGAACCGUUUCCGGGACGGUCUUUUCGACACUUGUUUGAUAGCAAGUACUGUUACCAGAACUGUGUAUAUGUUCAAUAACCGUUUCAAGAACGGUCGAGAUUAGCAAGUUGGAACAAACUUCGAGAUGAAAGUUCACUGUGAUCAGUCUCUAGAGUGAUUCCCAAUCAAAUCUGCGAACGAAGCUAUUGAUGAAAAAAAUAACCUUUUAUUAAGACUAACCUAACUUUUACUACAAUGCUAAAUAUAAAGUGGAAAUGAUAUAUUUAAAUAUAUGUAUACCUAUAAGAAUUAAAAUAAGUGUAGUUCCUAUACGUUUUUUUUCGUCUAAACCGCCAUGGAGUGUUUUAUUUUUUGGGACAGAUCAGUUUUCUUUAUAUACUUUGAAGUCACUUAACAAUCUUUAUUCUAAAUCUAAAUUAAUUAAAAAACUUGAUGUAGUUACCAGCAUUAAGCAAAAUGCUAACGCGAUUCAGGUUUAUGCAAGAAAAUAUAAUCUUCCAUUAUACAAUUGGCCAAAUGUUCCCGAGGAAACUGUAUACGAUGUGGGAUUAGUAGUGUCGUUUGGUUAUUUGAUACCAGAAAGAAUUAUAAAAAAGUUUUCUUAUGGUAUUUUGAAUGUACACGCGAGUCUUUUGCCGAGAUGGAGAGGUGCGGCACCAAUUAUUCACGCUAUAGCAAAUGGUGAUAAGGAAACUGGCAUUACUAUUAUCAGAAUUAAACCUUAUCAUUUUGAUAUUGGUGAAAUUCUCUUACAAGAAAAGGUUCCUAUUGGAAAUGAUACGGAAAUGCCUGAUUUAUAUCAACAAUUAGGAGAAUUGGGAGCGAAAUAUUUGAUAAAAAGUCUCGAAAAUUUACCAGAAUAUAUAAAAAAUGCUAAAUGUCAGUCCUCAAAUGAUGUUACAUAUGCGCCAAAAAUUACACAUGAUUUCACAACUAUAAGCUGGUUCAAAAUGACGUCUGUUCAAGUUUACAAUUUAUACAGAGCGUUGAAAGGAUAUUUGGUACCAGUUUCAACCUGGCAAGGGGUACCUAUCAAAUUACUAGAAAUAAAACUAUGUAGUGACGUUUCUACGAAUUGUAUAGAUAAGUAUCCAGGUUAUGUUAUGUACGACAAAAGGACUAAGAGUUUGAAAGUUUUGUGUGGAGAUAAAAGUUUUGUAACUAUUGGUAGUGUAGGUAUUUUCAAUAAACGUAUUAUGAACGCAACCGAUUUCAGUAAUGGAUAUUUAAAAAAAGUGCCAUUAGAAUGUAGAUAUUUUAAAUAAAUUUUUGAAUAUUAA